AAGUCUUGCCGAACAUACGCAUAAUACGUUUGUUUGUAAAAUCUUCGGAACAAACUCUCGCGAUUCUGCCAGCAUUUGGAGUUCUGAAACCUUGCCAAUUCUCACAAACCGGGGGGAGUAUGAUGGGUGAAAUGAUAUUUCGACUGACUUCUGGAAGACGAGCAAUAUCAACACUUCCUAGUUUAUGCGAACGAAUUAAGCAAACAGAUAAUGAGAUCGUCAAAAUGUUUCUUGUACAAAAUCCAGUAUCUGACUCACAAAUUUCUUCUUCAAAUCGGAAGGGUUCUGCUCGGAUGUUAGAUGAGCGAUUUAUUAGGAUUUUGAAAAUAUUCAAGUGGGGGCCUGAUGCAGAAAGGGCUAUGCAAGUGCUGAAGCUAAAGGUGGAUCAUAGAUUGGUAUGUGAAGUUCUUAAAAUAGAUGUUGAUAUAAAUGUGAAGCUUCAGUUCUUUAAGUGGGCAGGGAAAAAGAAAAAUUUCGAGCAUGACUCUACCACUUACAUGUCUUUGAUCAAUUGUUUGCUUGAAGCUGGAUCAAUUGGUGAACUGUGGAAGACAAUUCAAGACUUUGUACGUAGCCCGUGUCUUAUUAGUCUGUCUGAUUUUUCUGAAGUUCUGAGGGUUCUAUGCCAGGCUAAGAUGCUGAACAAAGCAGUCUCAAUCUUCUAUCAGAUCAAAAGACAUAAGUGUAAACCAGCUGCAAGUAAUUACAAUUCUAUCAUCUUGAUGUUGAUGAAAGAAGGUCAUUAUGAAAAGGUGCAUGAGCUUUAUAAUGAAAUGUGUAAUGAUGGUAGUUGCUUUCCUGAUACAAUAACAUAUGGGGCUUUGAUACAAACAUUUGAAAAACUGGGUCGAAAUGACUCUGCUGUGAGGCUGUUUGAAGAGAUGAAGGAGAAUGGCUUAGUUCCUAACGCUAAGAUUUACACAACAAUAUUGGCCAUUUAUUUCAAGCUGGCUAGAAUCGAGAAGGCACUGGAUCUGGUUAAAGAAAUGAAAGGAAGGGGUUGUGCUCUAACUGUAUACACGUAUACUGAGUUGAUUAAGGGACUUGGUAAAUUUGGCCGAGUGGAUGAUGCUUAUGACACUUAUUUGAGUAUGCUAAAAGAGGGAUGCAAGCCAGAUGUUGUCUUAAUUAACAACUUAAUAAAUGUUUUGGGGAAGAAUGGUCAUUUACCUGAGGCCCUUAAAUUGUUUGAAGAAAUGGAAUCUUUGUUGUGUACCCCAAAUGUGGUUACAUAUAAUACAGUGAUCAAAUGUUUAUUUGACACCAAUGCUCCAGCAGCUCAGGCUGCUGCAUUGUUUGAGAAAAUGAAAGCAACUGGGAUUGCUCCUAGUUCCUAUACUUACUCCAUUCUGAUUGAUGGCUUUUGCAAGAAGAAUAGAGUUGAGAAGGCUUUGAUGCUUCUCGAAGAGAUGGAUGACAAGGGUUUCCCUCCUUGCCCAGCAGCAUAUUGCAGUCUGAUUAAUACCCUUGGAAAAGCAAAGCGUUAUGAUGCUGCAAAGGAGUUGUUCCAGGAGUUGAAAGAAACAUGUGGUACUUCAAGUGCUAGAGUAUUUGCUGUAAUGAUUAAACAGUAUGGUAAAAGUGGCUGUCUGGAUGAAGCUGUGGAUCUGUUCAAUGAGAUGAAGAUGCUUGGUUGCAGUCCCGAUGUAUAUUCUUAUAAUGCCCUCAUGUCUGCGUUGGUGAGGGCUGGCAAAAUAAAUGAAGCACAAAUGCUGCUUCAGACUAUGGAAGAAAAUGGCUGUGCACCAGAUUUGAACUCUCAAAAUAUAAUUUUGAAUGGGUUGGCUCGUACAGGUGGUCCAAAACAAGCAAUGGAAAUGUUUGAGAAGAUGAAGCAUUCAACCAUCAAGCCAGAUGCUGUUUCUUACAAUACUAUGCUUAGUUGCCUUAGUCGUGCUGGUAUGUUUGAGGAAUCUGUAAAGUUGAUGAAAGAGAUGAAUAAUAGUGGUUUCAAGUAUGACUUGAUUACCUAUUCAUCACUACUUGAGGCGGUGGGAAACAUUGAUGAUGACCCAACUCCACCAACUAUUUCGUAAUAAGAGGAUCUAGAUCCUCAAUCUCCGUCCUCUGCUCAAGUUAUUCCUUAUAUUCUUCCCGAUUCAUAUCAGAAACAUCCUCUUCUUCAUCAUCAGAACUUGAAACAGACGCAGCAAUACAGGCUUUCCCCUUAUCUCCAGAUUGGAGGAUAGCAUCUCCCAUGGAGGUUGAGGAGUUACCCACCAUCUGAGGUUGUUUCCAGUUCUGCCUCCUUCGGAUUACCACUGUUGGUGCACGUUAGCAAAUGAGGCUUAACGUACUCCUCAGGAGAGUUCUAGGAGAGUUUUUUUUCCUGUAACUUAUGAAUCUUAGCUGCUAGAUUAUCCCUAUGCAUUUCUUCAGCUUACCUCUGAUUACUGUGUUGAAACUCGAACCCUUGAUACUCUGGCAAGAAUAAGGAUACUUGAUACUUCUUUUUUGAACUAAAAUUAUGGAGUUCCGUAACAAGAUGCUCGAGUCUACACUUGGACAAAUACUCAGGUUCUGGACUAGGAAGAAGAAAGAGAUCACCAUUGUCACCUACUGUGCAUUUUUGUUUCAAACCCUGCCACAGUUUGUGUUCGAUUGCCACCCGUCGACAAAAAACGAGAUUUGCAAAUUCUAAUGAUCUUAAACAACAGUUUGAUUGGGGUAGCUGCUGCAACAAACCAUCCUGGAAGAAUUCCUUUUGGACUAACUCACUACGUGACCUUGUAAAUGCAAAACAAGAAUCUCAUGACAGUCAGUUUCAAGAGAAUGGUGGAGGAAAUCGAGAAUAGAAUAAUAUUAGGUUUUGUUAGCAAUUCAUUCAUCAUCAAUAUGGAUUUUAUAUAAACAUGUCACGAAUCACGAUUGAGUUGUUUCGAUUCAUUUUGGGUUUGACACUAAGGGUCAAUUUAAAAAAUGUAAAUUACUCCAUUUGAUCUUAUUUGCUUUUCUGAUCUGGAAUAUGGGAAGAAACCAAGGAGCGUAGUAAAAAGAUGAAAGAUUAUAAUGUUGUGUAAUUCUUAAUUGUUGGGAGUAAUGAUUAUGUGCUUUGAAAAUUGGAAAUUGCAUCUAUAGGAAAGAGAUAAGAAUGGAAGAAGUCUUUUAACAUUGAAUAUAGAGGGAGAAGUUCUUAUGAGUGAUUGAGAGCUUGUUAAAUCUUAAAUGUGGAAGAUUAACCCUAUGUGAAAAAGUUGUUAGAAAAUUAGUUGGUUAUAACUUGAAAAUAUCAGUGCAGAACUUAAAAAUUAUCUAAAAACUAAUUGGAUCAGUCAGGUCUUAAUCGAAUCAAGUUCAGUCAGAUUUUCGAUCAGUUUAAGUUAUUGGCGGGUCUAAUUAUUGUUUAUGAUUCAUAUUUUACUUAUAAAGUAAACCAAAUAGUUAGAUUUUGAAAAUAAACCUCUGUAACUUUGUAUAUGCCUUGCAUGAUUUGAAUCUUUGUGCUUAAUUGCUACAUCUGUCAUUGCUUUAGUUAAGUAUCUUUUCAUCUUUUCUAAAGAAAAUACCAGCACCGACCCUUUUUUUUGGGUUACAAGGUAGACUGAGGGAUAGGUUAACAAGAAUCGAACCUAGGCCCCGUGAUUGUCCGAGGAAUAUAGUACUUACUACCACUAGGCAAGACCUGAUUCUCCCCUUCAUUUUUAGUGCUUUUUCAAAUUGGAAUUAUCCGAAGUUUGAAUCAAUAGAUAACUCAAAUACAAGCAUGAUCAUACUUGCAUGUCUUACAAUAGAAGCAUUGUUGUGUACCACUUUCUCAUAUUCUCAUUCACGCCUUUUUUCUUUCUUUUAAUGUGGAGGUUCCAAAUAGCAUUUUGUUCAAAGGAAUCCUCCAAAAUUCCAAUAAAUUAGAAGCUUGAAUCAUUCUGCUACUCUUUUUUUUUUAAAAAAACUAAAUCAUUCUGCUAUUCAUACCUCUUCAAAUAUAAUUAUAAUAUUAAUAAGCUGGACAUCAAAAACACUAAAGAGCAAGAGAACAAAGCUUCGAUAUUUGGAAUAUCAGUAUGAAAUUAACGGAGAAUCAGACCUUUGCUCAGUUGGAGGAUGUACUGUUUUUUGCCAGAAGUAACUUAGGUUCUAUUCUCAUUGCUUCUUUCUUAGCCCUUUCAUUUUCUCAACCUACCCUAUACCUAAAAAAUUGAAAUGCAUCAGAUAGAUCAGUUCACUUAAAAUUUUGACUAUGGUUUAUAAGUUACAAAUUCAUAGUAUCCUAGUAAAUGUUAUGUUAACUAUCCUAGUAAAUGAAAACAUGAAACCCACCCACCAAUUUAAUAAAUUAAUCACAGUUUGGAUACAAUAAAGGCAUUUAUGCUAAUUUUACUACUUUGUCUGUUUAGUUUGUUUGUUACAUUUUAACUAAAACUGUGUUGUUACAUUUUAACUAAAACUGUGAGAGUCUUCUGGUUGAAGUGUAAAAACAAAUUGUAACUAGGAAUGGAUUUAUCCAAUUAGGUGCCAUGUUAAUUAACAGUGUCUUUAUGUAU